AACACAAAUGUGCAUGUGGCUCCUCUGCACAGAUGAUGAGAGAAUUCCUGCUGCGCCCGGAUCAAUACAGAGGAAGUGUUGCUCAUAACUGCAGGUCUCAGAGGGAGACGCUGCUCAUUGUUCAGCUGCUCAGCUACAGCCAAUCAGCUGUAUAAGUGAAUUAAAGUGUGUGUGUUUGAGUGUGUGCAUGUGUGUGGGAGGGGAGUAAUGAAUGAGGAUGAUCCAGCUGGGUCUCCGAUCGAUCAGUGGGGAGGGGGAAGCAGCCAGAAAGCCUUCUCUCUCUUGAGCUUCACCUCACAAGCAGACCAACAUGACAGGAGAGGACGCUGACAGCUGCAGGUUUUUACCUUAAAACUUAGCCCGUCUUUCCACUGACUUCUCAGAAGAUGAAUUCUUUUUACCCUCUGAUGCUGCUGAUGUGUGCUGGAACAGUGGCUGCACGCCUAAAGGCAGCAAGAGUGCUGAGCGGUCAGACCGUAUGCUUGGAGGAUCCACAGCAUCUCUGCUACAAGAUUGCAUACUUUCAUGACAUAUCGAGCCGCGUUUCAUUCAAAGAAGCUCAGCAGGCCUGUGAAACAGAUGAAGGAGCACUGCUGAGCAUCACCAGUCCAUCUGAGCAGAGAAACAUUGAACACCUGCUGCAGGCACUUUGGUCAGGAGCGAUGGGCGGGGCAAAAGGGAGAGCAGGAAAGGCGGAUGGAGAUUUCUGGAUCGGUCUGACCCGGGAGGGCGGGGCUAAUCAGACCCAAUCAGAUUUCAGUUCUGCAGCCUUCUGUUCUCAGCUCUACUACUGGACGGACGGCAGUGGGGCUUCCUUUAGGAACUGGUAUUUUGAUGAGCCCUCUUGUGGUAGCGAGGCCUGCGUAGUCAUGUACCAUCAGCCCACUGCACUUCCGGGUCUGGGCGGAGCUUAUCUCUACCAAUGGAAUGACGAUCGCUGCAACAUGAAGCACAACUUCAUCUGCAAGUAUGAUCCAGAUAGCCUGCUGGUAACGGAGCACAGCAACGUCCCAGCAGGGGGGGACACAGCAUCUGCUGCAGGGGGAGGAGGGGUCACUCUUUCUGCAAACAGUGAGGAUGCCCCCCCAAAGGUUCCCGUGGCUGGAGCUUCAGGGCUGUUGUUGCUGUACGUGGUCAUUCCCACAAUCCCGCUGUUGCUGCUCAUCCUGGUGGCUUCUGGAACGUGCUGUUUCCAGAUGAUGAGCCGGAGCCACUCCACAAAACCCCCCGCUGACCCGUCUGCCCUGUGGAUCUCCAGAAGGCCUAAAACAGACAGCAUGGAGGUGUGACUUCAUCCUGCAGACUCUUUCUGUUUGUGACGGUGGAUCUUUCUGUCUCUUUCUGCUGCUGUUCUCCACUCCUCCUCCAAUAGUAUACCUCUUACUUCAUGCUUUCUGCCAGUUAUUUCUUUGCUUCCUUCACUUCCCUUUUCCUUCAUUCCUGUUCUUAUUCCUGUCUUUAUGGUUCUGGAGGGGGGAGGGGCUAAACAUCAGAGCUGCAUCACAUGGCAGCUGUAUGGGAGGAGCUUAUAAUAAAGCAGAAUGCCCAACUUUCACUGAUGUAUUUAACAAGUUUAGCUACUGCUGUGUCUGAGCAUCAGCUUCUUUUAUAAAAGCAUCUGUGGUUUCAAGGGUUGCUUCAUUGUUGAGUCUUUCACUUUCUGUAUGGAAAUCUGAAUAAAAGAUUUUGGGGAAAAGUCUA